AUGCCGACUCCCGUUAAGGACACCGGAUUCACUAUCCUACAAGAUCCUAGUGAACCGGAACUUGAUAUUGUCUUCGUCCAUGGGUUGCAGGGUCACCCCAGAAAAUCAUGGACUUUCCAUAAUGAAGCUAUGGAAACGAAGCGCCUGGGCAAGUUCCUGACCAUGAUGUCGAGCCUGCGAUGGAAAUCGCCAACACCAACACCACCGCCGGAGCCCCAAUCUGAGCCAGACCAUCAGUUCCGAUUGGAUUCCACUUUUACCAUCAUCUUUUUCGGUACUCCUCAUCGGGGCAGUUCUACGGCAGAAUUUGGGCAAACGGUGGCCGAGAUCGUAUCUAAUCUGACCUUGACGCGCUACAAUGCCAAUAUCCUCGGCAAUUUGAAGCAAAAUACGUAG